CUUGGCUCUGAUUUGGACAACAUUUUACACACGUACACACUGGUUCUAAUUUCCUCCACUGCUUCAACCACCGUUAUCACUAAACCCAAGGUCACUGUGAAUCAUGGCCUCGCUGAAGCUUUCCAUUUCGUUGGAAACCUAUGAUUCCAAGAAGUUCAAUGUAAACCCACCUCAACCCUUGAAUUGGUGCUCUGUUUCUUCAAUUUUUAGUUACAUUCAUGUAAGUAAAGCUUGUACAAUCAAUUCCUUGAAUAGGGUCACUCACAUUAAGGUCUCUCGGUUUGAGACUGACUUGCCCAACACUUCUGAAUCUAAUGGUUUUGAUAAUGAGAGCUUGGUUGACAGAAGGCUGUUGGGUACGAAGAAGGGGUUCAAAAGGGAGGUGGGUUUGAAAUAUAGGUUCAAAAGGUAUGGUAGUGAACGAGAAAUAGAGAAUUUGUUUGUGGGUGAUGGUGAAUUGGAUGUUAAUUACUCUGCUAUUGGGCCUGGCUUGAGCUUAGAGCAUUGUAAUGCUGUUUUGAAACGGCUCGAGAAGUGUAGUGAUAGCAAAACUCUAACAUUUUUUGAGUGGAUGAGAAACAAUGGAAAGUUAGAGCAGAAUGUGAGUGCUUAUAAUUUAGUUCUUCGGGUGAUGGGUAGAAGACAAGAUUGGGAUGCAGCGGAGACAAUGGUUCGGGAAUUAAGUAAUAAAUUUGGUAGUGAAUUAGAUUGUCGGGUUUUUAAUACAGUUAUUUAUGCUUGUUGUAAGUUGGGGCGAAUGGAGUUGGGUGCAAAGUGGUUUCGGUUGAUGUUGGAAAAAGGGGUUCAGCCUAAUGUUGCUACUUUUGGGAUGCUCAUGGGACUUUACCAGAAGGGUUGGAAUGUUGAGGAGGCAGAGUUUACUUUUUGUCAAAUGAGGAAUUUUGGAAUUGUAUGUCCUUCUGCAUACUCAGCGAUGAUCACAAUUUAUACCCGAUUGAGGUUGUAUGACAAGGCAGAAGGGGUUAUUGGCUUAAUGAGAGAAGAUAAAGUGGAAAAAAAUCUGGAGAAUUGGUUGGUAAUGCUGAAUACGUAUAGUCAGAAUGGCAAAUUAGAGGAAGCUGAGUUGGCAUUGGUCUCGAUGCAAGAAGCAGGGUUUUCCCCAAAUAUUGUUGCAUACAAUACAUUGAUAACUGGGUAUGGGAAGGUAUCCAAUAUGGAUGCUGCUCAACGUGUGUUUCUGAGCAUUCAGGAAGUUGGACUAGAGCCUGAUGAAACAACUUACCGUUCCAUGAUUGAAGGUUGGGGUCGUGCAGACAAUUAUAAGGAGGCAGAAUGGUACUACAUGGAGCUCAAGCGGUUGGGACACACUCCUAACUCAUCUAACUUGUACACACUAAUAAACCUGCAAGCCAGACAUGAGGAUGAGGAGGGUGCUGCCAGAACUCUUGAUGAUAUGCUGAAGAUGGAAUGCCAACAUUCCUCUGUCCUUGGAACUCUUUUACAGGCAUAUGAGAGGACUGCAAGGAUUGAUAAAGUGCCCCUAAUUUUGAAAGGUUCGUUAUAUCAACACGUUCUUGUUAACCAGACUUCUUGCUCCAUUUUGGUCAUGGCAUAUGUGAAAUACUGCAUGGUGGAUGAUGCAAUAAAACUGUUGGGGGAAAAACUCUGGAAGGAUCCACUUUUUGAGAAUAACUUGUAUCAUUUGUUGAUUUGCUCAUGCAAGGAGUGGGGUCAUUUUGAGAAUGCUAUUAAGAUAUACACUCAAAUGCCCAAACAUGAUGACAAGCCAAACUUGCACAUUUCAUGUACAAUGAUUGACAUUUACAGCGUCAUGGGUCUUUUCCCUGAAGCCGAGCAACUCUAUUUGGAGUUGAAAUCUUCGGGAAUUUCUUUGGACAUGAUUGCUUUUAGCAUUGUUGUGAGAAUGUAUAUCAAAGCUGGAUCUUUGAACAAGGCUUGCUCUGUUUUAGACAUGAUGGACAAGCAGAGGGACAUUGUUCCAGACGUUUAUCUGUUCCGUGAUAUGCUUCGCACAUAUCAGAGAUGUGGUAUGUUGGAUAAAUUAGCUGAUCUAUACUAUAAAAUCUUGAAGAGUGAAGUGACUUGGGAUCAGGAAAUGUACAAUUGUGUGAUAAACUGCUGUGCUCGUGCUCUGCCAAUUGAUGAGCUUUCUAGGCUUUUUGAUGAAAUGCUUCACCGUGGGUUUUUUCCUAAUACCAUUACCAUCAAUGUGAUGCUUGAUGUGUACGGAAAAUCCAAGCUUUUCGUGAAAGCUAAAAAGUUGUUCUGGAUGGCUCAAAAACGAGGUUUGGUAGAUGUGAUCUCAUACAAUACUAUUAUAGCUGCAUAUGGCCAAAAUAAAUACUUCAAGAACAUGUCAUCAACGGUUCAAAAGAUGCAACUUAAUGGCUUUUCGGUUUCACUUGAAGCCUACAAUUGUAUGUUGGAUGCUUAUGGGAAAGACAGGCAAAUGGAGAUCUUUAAAAGCGUCUUACAGAGAAUGAAGGAAUCAGAUUGUGCAUCUGACCACUACACAUAUAACAUAAUGAUCAAUAUAUAUGGAGAACAGGGGUGGAUUGAUGAAGUAGCUGGUGUGCUCACAGAAUUGAAAGAGCGGGGACUUGGACCUAAUUUGUGCAGCUAUAACACAUUGAUCAAGGCAUAUGGAAUUGCAGGAAUGGUUGAAGAUGCUGUGCAUUUGGUCAAGGAAAUGAGAGAAAAUGGGAUAGAACCUGAUAAGAUAACCUACACCAAUCUGAUCUCUGCACUGCGUAAGAAUGAUAAGUUUUUAGAGGCCAUUAAGUGGUCCUUGUGGAUGAAGCAGAUGGGUUUGUGACAUAGACCAUAUAUAAUAUGUUCGGGUGUUUUGCUUUUUAAGCCUCUCUACACCUGAAAGAAGCCUGGGCUCUAGGAUUCAGAUCCUACUCUAACACCUCUCAGAAUUUAGUUGUCUGC